AUGAAGUCAUCUUAUGACCGAGAGAAAAAACAGUCCAAGCUCGAGCGCCUUGCAGGAGAGAAACAAGACGAAGGGGAUUUUAAGCGAAAACGAGUUUUGUCUGCGGUAGAAAAGGAAGAAGAAAACGAGAUUGCCUGGUUGGAACACAAGCUGGGCGGCAAGCGCAAGAAACAAUCUGAGGGCGAUGAUCUCGAUUUUCUUCUGGAUGAUUUGGACCGUUUUCAACCUGGUGAAGACGAGGAAAGUACAAAUUUGAGCGAUAGCGAUGCGUCGGCCGUGUACAGUGAGGAUGAACUACAGGGCAGCGACGAGUAUGACGACGAGGAUGAAGAAGAAGAAGACGUUGAAGAAGCCAUGGCUGACGAUUUCGAGCAAAAGGCACCUAUAGAAGCAGUGGCACAUGCGGAACAGCCCAAAGCCUCAGCACCACCUUCUGGUAUGUACGUCCCCCCUGCGCUUCGAGCAGCCAAGGCCAAAGAACGUGAUGCAGAGAAAGAAAUUGAGCAACAAAAACUUCACCGCUAUGUGAAUCGCCAGCUGAAUCGUUUAGCCGAAGGCAAUCUUGAUACCAUUAUUGGCGAGCUUGAUUCGCUGUACCGAACGUUUGCGCGUCGCGACGUGUCUACUACCAUAACAAGGUUGGUGCUCGAUACUAUUGCAGCUCGCACACACCUCACCGAGACGAUUGUUGUUUUGUAUGCCGCGUUGAUCACCGCAAUGCACCGUAUUGUCGGCGUAGAAUUCGGCGCUUAUUUUUUGCAGGAAUGCAUUACGCGCAUGCUGCAUGUAUAUGUACCACUGAUCAAGACUCCGCUGGAUGAGACAGAGGAAGUCGCUGCAAAAAAUCGUGAGUGCGUAAAUCUCAUGCUUUUGUUGUGCCACCUGUUCAACCUGAAACUCAUUUCUUCUACAAUACUCUACGACCUUGUGCGGCUCUUUUUGAACCGCGGAUUCCGUGAACUUUUACCAGGUAUCAACGGACCCAAAGUCAUCACGGAAGCAGACAUUGAGCUUAUCUUGCGCAUUGUGCAAAGUAGUGGCGCCGACCUGCGCCGCGAUGAUUCAACUUCAUUCAAAGCCAUUGCCGAGCUGACAAGCGAGGUGCUUGCCCAAGCGCCAAAAGAAGGGAAUACCGUUGCAAAUUCCAGUCGUGCGCGAUUUAUGCUCGAAGCACUGGUUAAUGUGCGGAAAAAUCACAAGCAAAAUCAGUCGGCAACGAUGGAAAGUACGCAGCGUAUGACCAAGUUUCUAUCUACGCUCGAGCGGCGGCGUAGCGUCCGGACCCAAGCUGCGCUUCAGGUUGGCUUGAAAGAUUUGCAGGAUGCCGAGAAGAAAGGGCGUUGGUGGCUUGUGGGAGCAGCGUGGACAGGCCACGAGGAGACUAGCGACAGUGCCGCGCCCACGACCAAAGCGACUCAAGAGAGCAACACAGACCUCUCCUGGCUUCCUGAUGACACAAAAGAAGAGACAGCGUGCGAUUUUGUGGCGUUAGGUCGUAGCCACGGUAUGAAUACAGAUGCACGUCGUGCCAUCUUUUCUACGCUUCUGAACAGUGUAGACUAUAAGGAUGCGGUGCAAAGUCUCAUGCAGCUGAAACUAAACGAAGUGCAACGGCGUGAAGUCAUUCGCGUUCUUCUUCACUGCGGCGUGCAGGAGCAGCAGUACAAUCCAUUCUAUACGUUGGUUGGGCAGCAACUCGCAGAAGAGCUACCGGCGAUGCGCGUAACGCUUCAGUACGUCUUGUGGGAUUACUUUCGCGAGAUUGGCGAGACGCACGUCGGAGGAGAGAAAAUCACUGCACACGCGCAAGACGACGACGAAAUGGAUACGGUGGAUGACGAGGUACGGCAACGAAAACUGCUUUAUUUCGCGCGUGCGUACGGAUGGUGGUUUGGUCGCGGGUCCCUGAGUCUGAGCGCACUUAAAUCUGUCGACUUUACGAGUCUGCACGCGCGGGGAAUCCACUUUUUGCAACAACUUUUCCUGCAGACAUUUUUGUCGUGUCUCUCCAAGUCUCCUAUUCUUACUGCAAAAUCCCGGCAGCAUUUUGCAGCUAGUCCGAGCCAGCAGGAAAAAGAGACGAUUGAGAAACUUGUGGUGCGCGGCACUGUCGGCAAUCCUACGCUUGCCCAGGGCUUCCUCUUCUUUUUCAAAGCGCACCUUGGGCGCGCCAAACUUGCAGAGCUGGUCGGCGAUGAUGCCGUUGUAUUUGUGCGGCUAAAAUGGGCGAUCAGCAUAGCUACAGAGACGGCCAGUGUCGGCGUGCAAGCCGCGGGCGAUGCCGCUUUAUAG